ACUUGCUAGGUCAAUUAGGCCUUACGUACUUUCAGGAAUGUAUUCAUUCUUUUCCGAUGACGGAAUGCAAUAAAAUGUUGCGUGACGACAGGUCGUACGCCUUACGAUAACGAAGGCAGUGCCACGAACUCCUUUUGGCUGAGUAUGGAUGUUCUGGACAUUUUCACCGCGUUUCUAGGUCUUAUCCGGAAUCAAACAUCAAUCGUUUUACACACGCAGAACUUCGACGUGGUCUUUCCGCCAUGUGGACUUGCGAGACUAAAGUGGGCAUCACCUGCCUGGUCGUGAUUUGCGGGAGCGCGAACACGGUAGCCUUCGCCGCGGCCAUACUGCAGUGGGAAGAAAUGGUGGUGUCUCUCAGUUUCGGAGCCUGCUUUUUCGGGAUCAGCAUAUUUUCUUGAUGCUGCUGUUCUCCAUCCUGGUGACCGACAACCAGAAGGGCAUGACGAUAAUGACGCACCUAUGCAAGACGCGGCCCAUCUUCCUGCUGAUCUUCCUGGGCCUCUUCAACGCCGAGCUGCGUGGCUUGAUCCACGUCAAGUACGAGAGGUCCGCCAUGGUGACGCCGAUGCCCCUCACGAUACCCCCAAUGGGCCCAGCAUUGCUACAAUCGUACGAGCUCAUCGCCAAGAGCAACGCCCAGCGUCAUAACAAGGGAGCCGCCGGCUUGAACGGCACGUUGUUGCUUCGACAAAUGACCGAAGAGGAUGGGAAUGUGGAAGAACCCGUCAUUAAAUUGGACCCGGACAUUAUCAUGUACCUGUCCAUUGGGCUGUUCAUCUGCAACGUCAUCAUAGACGCCUUUGUCAUAAGGAGGCUCGGCCUGUACUCUUCCAAGAUGGGAUCACUGCCGAUCCAAGCUUCUGCAUCGCUGCCCGCACAAGUUGUUUCCGGGUCUCGUGGCCAAGAAUAAAAAAAAAAAAAACAAAAAACAAUGGAAACAUCGGCAGGAGACACGAGCCAAAUUGGGCAUGUUCUGUUGCUAUUUGCUUCGAGGGCCGCCACAGGAGAGACCGGCGCUGCUAUUGCCAUGAC